GUUUUUAUGAGAGGCGUCACUGGGGACCUGAGCCUCGGAUCACCGCCAGCACGAUUGCCAGCGCUGGCUUCGGGAGGUGGCCCUGGCCACUUUCAGAUACCUGAAAAAUGUCUGAAAACUCCAGUGACAGUGAUUCAUCUUGUGGUUGGACUGUCAUCAAUCAUGAGGGGUCUGAUAUAGAGACAGUGAAUUCUGAAAAUGUAGCAAAUGAAAGCCCUGUGUUUGCAUCAGAAGAGUACACAGCUUUAGUGCAGGAGAUACAUCAGGAACAGCCUUUAGAUCAAGAAGGUAAAGGAAAUAGUGAAGGUGGUACAGUGUUAAUGGGAGAAACUACAUAUCUAGCUUUGGAAGAAGCUAACUCAGUUCUUGAGACAGAGAGAGAAAAGUCACCUGAUGACAAUGUUUAUUUUGGGGCUAUCAGCGAUGAUUCUGACAUUGUUACCCUUGAACCACCUAAGUUGGAAGAAAUUGGAGCGCAAGAAGAAGUUACAAUUAUUAAGGACAUUCAGAGUCCUGAAGAUUUUAACUUAGGUUCUUCCUCUAGUAGCCAGUAUACAUUUUGCCAGCCAGAUACUGAAAGAUGGUGGGAGAAGCUGUGGAAGAUUCCAGAGUAUAUAAGGGGAUGGGAUGAUCAACUGAAGCACCAUGUCCCGAGCCAACUCUUUGAAGUGUUUCCAUCUCAGCCUACUGAUGAUGAGUCAAGUAGUGAUGAAACAAGUCAUCAGCCCAGUCCUGCUGUGAGAAGACGACGUGCUAGAAAGAAGACAAUUUCUUGUUCAGAAUCUGAGGAUAAGCCACCUAAUGAACACGAGUCUGACCCUCCCAAGGAAGAGGUGCCUCAGCGCCCCUUCAGUAGUGGCCUCAACAAAUGUAUUAUACUAGCUUUGGUGAUUGCAAUCAGCAUGGGCUUUGGACAUUUCUAUGGCACUAUUCAGAUUCAGAAACGUCAAGAACUAGUCAGAAAGAUACAUGCUGAAGAAUUGAAUGGAAUGAAGGAUUAUCUUUACCAAUGUCAGCAAGAACAAGGUUCUUCUGGUGAUAAGUCGCUUAAAGAAAAUCUUGCAUCAUGUUUGAAGCUUACUGAGGUAGAGAAGAUAGCUUUUGAAACACAGAAGAAAAGCCUUGCUACAGAAAACCAGCAUUUAAGAAUGUCUCUGGAGAAGGAAGAAAAAGCUUUGUCCUCCUUACAGGAAGAGUUAAGGAAACUUAGGGAACAAAUUCGGAAUUUAGAAGAUAAAGAAACAAGUACUGAAUUGAUAGUUUCUGAAAACCAAAAACUUAAACGGCAUUUGGAAGAGGAAAAGCUGAAGACUAAUAGCUUUCUCAGUCAGAAAGAGACCCUCUUGGCAGAAGCACAGAUGCUAAGGAAGGAACUAGAAAAAGAACGACAAACGACCAUUGCCUUAAGGGAAGAACUGGACCUUUUAAGCAGUCAGCAGUCAGCAGGUGAUGCAGACUCUCCCAAUUCGUUGACUGAAAAUAAAGAAAUAGAAAUUUUACGAGGAAGAUUAACAGAAUUGGAAUGGAAGCUAAACUUUGAACAACAACGAUCUGAUUUAUGGGAAAGAUUAUAUGUUGAAGCAAAAGAUCAAAGUGGAAGACAAGAAAACAGUGAAAAAAAUAAAGGUAGCAAGGGAACUAACAAGGCUAAGAAGUCUAAAGAGACCUUGUUUGGUUCAGUUAAAGAAACUUUUGAUGCCAUGAAGAAUUCAACAAAGGAGUUUGUAAGGCACCAUAAAGAAAAGAUUAAACAGGCUAAAGAAGCUGUUAAGGAAAACUUGAAAAAAUUUUCAGAUUCUGUUAAGUCUACCUUCAGCCAUUUCAAAGAUACCACCAAAAAUAUUUUUAAUGAAAAGGGGAAUAAAAAAUUUGGAGAUAAAAGAGAUGAAGCAACUAAAAAAGCAAAAACUGUUUAUCGUGAAUAUUUGCAUCCGCAACCUAGACCACAUUCCAAAAACACACAUCAUAAAAGCCCCACCAUGGCAAGAUCAGGAAGAAAACAAAAGUCAGUUCAGUUUGAAACAUUUGGGAAGAACACAAAUUCCCUGAAGUGCAGCAUGAGUCAAGAUUCAGUAAGAAAUUACCACUUUUUAAAGAACCCUUCUGAUUUUCUUGAAUGUGGACAUCAGGAAAAACCACCAGUUCAGUUUGAAACACUUGGUAAAAACACAAAUUCCCAGAAAGGCACUACCGAUAAAGACUGUGUGAAAAAUUAUCACCGUCUAACAAAAGGCUGUUCAGGUGUUUUUGAGUGUGCUCAUCAGGAAUCUAUUAGCCUUUUCAACAGAGUAUUAGACCCUGUAAGAAUAGAUGAAUUUUAUCAGUUAAUGCAAAGGUAUGUGCAGCAAGAAGUAAGUGACUUCCAUCAUUGGGGAGAACUACAGCAAUUCAUCAAUAAGUUUUUCCAUAACAGUGUCUUUAUUCAUGAUCAGAUGUUGUUCACUGACUUUGUUAAUGAUGUUAAAGAUUAUCUUGAAGACAUGAAGGAAUAUCAAGUAGAUAAUCAUGGAGUGUUUGAGGAUUUGGAUGACUAUAUAUAUAGACAUUUCUUUGGUGACACAUUUUACCCUCAGUAUGGACCCAGAGUGACAACUGAAUAAGAGGAUACAGAUGGUUCAAGUUUCUCAUCCCAAAAGGAGAAGCUGCCAGACAGGUUUUCAACAGUAUCCUUUCUGUUUCUGUUUCUGCACAUAAGUAUUUUGGAAAUGAAAAAUGGAAAGAUUUUGAGACCUGCCAAGAUGAAGCUUUAAUAAUAGAGAUCUUUUCUUUUCUGUGUAUAUUUCUUGCAGUGUGGCUUCUUUUUGGUAAUAGUUUCCCUUAAGUAAUUCAGUAUUUUUUAGUUGACUUUGUAAUUGAUGAUAUUCAUGAUUAAGCAUCAUCCCAUGAUUAUUUUAUAUUUCUUAACCAUAAUACUCAUAUGAUUAAAUUUUAAAAUAGGAAUUUCAAGGCAUACCUGCUAUUUCAAUGAAAUGACUAAUCUCAAUUUAAGUUCAUGUUUCUAUAGUCAUUUUCAGUUCAGUGAUUUUAUUGUUCAAGGUUACACAUACAUAUAGAAAAGCACUGAGAAUUUUGCAUAAUUAUAGUAGACUGGGUCAUGUAAUACCAAUGAAGACAGGAUUUGCUAAAUAUAUUAAUUAUGUAAAGGAGACUUCAAUGACUUGUUUAAUGGAGAGCUUAAACUUUUAAGAGCUGCCUUGAAUACGUUAAAAGCAAAUGAUUAGAUAUAAACAGCUGAUAGGCUAAUUAUGUCAUUCUAAUCUAUUUAAAAAGAUUUCCCUAAGGAAUUCUUAAGAGAUACCACUUUGCCUUCUUCCAAUCUUUAUAGUGUCAAUAAAUAGUUAUAAACAUCUUCUGUAUCCAUAGCACCUUAGGUUACACCAGAAUACAUGAUUCCAUAAAACAUAGAGCUCUUAAGGGGAAGGAAUAUACAUUUAUUACAUGCCUACUGUGUACCAGGCAUUGUGCUUAAACUCUUUACAAAUAUCUCAUUUGAUCCUUACAACUGCCUUAGGAAGGUAGGUGCUAUUUAUUAUCUCCAUUUUAUAAUUGAGGAGACUGAGGCUAAGUGACUUGCCAAGGAUCAUACAAUAGAUAGCCGGUAUAUGAGACUGAAUUUGAACUUGGGUCUCCUUGACCUUAAAUUUGGCAAUAUAUCUGCUGCACCAUCUAGCUCUUAAUCGUAUUGGAUUGGGAAGUCAGCUUAUUAUCCUCAAGAAACUUGCCUUGGUCAGGGUUACACACUUAGUAAGUGGCAAAAUUUAAACUUGGAUCUUGCUGAGUCCAGGCCCAGUGCUCUAUUCACUGGUACCAUCCAACUUUUAAUCUAAUUGGGAGAAUAAAAGACAUAUGUAAAUGUGAUUUAUGAUGAUUUAUUACAUCUUUAGAAUGUGUACUACAGAAAUAUUCAGAUAAAGGAGAAAAUCUAUUCAUAUUUUAAGAAAAGCUACAGAGGAAGUAGAACUUGCACUUAAAGGAGUAGGAGGGAAAAGACAAAAUUGGGGGUAAAACAAGAUAAAACCAUAGUAAUAGGAAUAUGAGCACAGUUCAUAUUAGUGGGUUAACAUGAUGGUAUAUGAAGGUUCAUGAUAGAAAGCUGUGGUAGAGAAGUUUGGUUAGGUAAGUAUCAGUUAUUAUUGAGCCUUGGCAAAUGACAGGCUGAGAAUCUUGGACUUGCUCCACUAAGGAGCAAAUUCUUAAAGUAGGAACAUGAUGAGAAGCUUAUUUUGUGAAAAAAUUGUUUUAACUAUUGGGAAGAAUGGCUCACAGUGAGUGGUUUUGAGGUAGGUGGAAAAGUUUCUGGGCUAUAGUAAUCUGGGCACAAAAUAUUCUUCCCACUGAUAAAAUCGUAAUUCUUUUAACAUUAGUAAAGUUUUAAUAAACUUAAAUGUA